AAGCGUACAUAACAAAGGUGAUUCGAACAAUGUCAGAUCUGGUGUCUAAGUGUGUCUUGCGGCUGGAAGUUACUGGAAACAAGGAAGUCUUAGGGGCUGAAGCUAUGGAUGGAAACUCCAAAGCCAGGGGUCAAAGAUUGGCAAGAGAUAUUAGUGUGGAGACCUUCCCCAGCAAAUUAGAGAGCCCCAGAGAUGAUUGGGGCAUGAUUCCAGCACACAGUCGUGAGGCCACACCAAAGUUAGAUGUAUUGGAUGAGCAGACAGAGAUUGGGUUCUUCAGUGGUAAUCCUUUUGUAGAGAUUACCAAAGGCAUUCUUCAUUUGUAUAAGGAAGAUAUUCUUAGCAGCAAAGAUGAAGCGCUUACACUAUGUCUGUUGGCGGUGCCCACUUCUAUGACGUGCCAUGAUCUGCUUGGAUUCACCGCUCCAUGCCAUUCGGAGAUAGCACAUAUCCGAGUACUCAGAGACCGUCUACCAAAUCAGUACAUGGCUUUAUUAACGUUUCGCACGCAUCCAUCAGCCAGAGAAUUUUACGAGACCUUCAAUGGAGCACCAUUCAACUCAUUGGAACCAGAUGUAUUGUGUAGGGCUGUUUGGGUUUCAAAAGUAGAGUGCGCGCAAGAUGAUCUUCCGCCACCUGGGCACACAGAAUUACCCAUCUGUCCAGUCUGCUUAGAAAGGAUGGAUGAGUCUGUGGACGGUGUCUUGACCAUACUUUGUAACCACACCUUUCACUCGAGCUGCCUUGACCAGUGGAGCGACUCGACUUGCCCUGUAUGCAGAUGUGUGCAGAGUCCAGAGCAGGCUGAGACGUCAGAAUGCGAGAGAUGCGGUAAAAGCGAGAGCUCGGCACCAUCUCCGGACGCUCUUUGGAUCUGUCUCAUCUGUGGGCACGUAGGCUGCGGCAGGUAUCAGGGAGGCCACGCUGCAUCCCAUUAUCGAGAGACAGGUCACUGCUAUGCUCUACAGCUGGGCUCUCAUAGAGUUUGGGACUACAAGGGAGACAACUUCGUGCAUCGUCUAUUGCAGAACAAGGCUGAUGGUAAACUGGUCCCAGCUGAAGGCCCUAUUCCCGAAUCUGAGCAGGCACAGGAGAAAGUAGACUCCGUUCAGUUGGAGUUUACCUAUCUGCUGACAUCGCAGUUGGAGGAACAGCGGAUGUACUUUGAAGAGAAGCUUGUGCAGUUCGACUACCAGGCUUCCGAGGAAACCAAAUCUCUUCGUGACAGGUUGAGUCUAAUAGCGGAGGAGAACAAGCAGUUGAAGAGUAAAUUGGCGGUGUCUCAGAAAGAAAAGUCUGCUGUCGAGCGCCGUCUCGCACAACAAAUUGCCAAGCUGAACACAACGUUGCAGGCUCUCAACGACGAACGCCACUUGGGCAAGGCGCUCCGCAGCAAUCAAGAACAGUACCACAAGAGGAUGACCAAGCUGGAAGGAAAGCUGGAGGAGCUUGAGGCCACACGCAAGAAGCAGAUCGACGACCUCAAGGAGCAGCUUAGAGACGUCAUGUUCUAUAUCGAUGCCAAAAACACGAUCGACAAGUCUGAUCUAAAGGAGGAAAUUGCUGAGGGCAGUGUGACCAUAGCAGACGCGCCACCACCGAAAACCAAGAAUCGCAGGCGCAAGAAGUAGUAGACGCGUUCCUGAUAAUGACUAUUAGCGCAUUUGCAGUUCACUUAAAUCUAUCGUUUCCGGUUUUUUUACUCUUCGGUCUUUGUACAAAGCGAAAUUUGUCCUUUUUUUCUUCUCUCUUUUUGAGUCAUCUGGAACACUCAUGUUAGUUUUAAUUUAUAAAUCGCAUGUAUUUACAAUUAAAUUACAAAUAUAUAUAUU